AUGCCCCACCCUCCUCUGGUCAUCCCCGAUCUCGCCAUCGUUCCGUCUUCCCCCUCUGCAAAGUAUCUCGGGGCUCACUUCGAUCGGGAGCUUCGGUGGCAUGUUCAGGCUCAGUACGCGGUGAAGCGAGGUUUGGACUGGACGCUUCAGCUCCGACGCCUUGCCAAGCCAUCUAGCGGUUUGUCGCCUGGUCAGAUACGGCGUCUUUUCAUUGCGGUCGCUCUACCAAAGAUGGGUUAUGCUCUUGAUGUAUGGUGCUCCCCCCUUAUCGAUACCGGAGGAACGCGUCUGUCAGGCUCUGUCGGUCAUGUCAAGGCUAUGGCCCGCGUUCAGCGUCUUGGUGCUCUUGCCAUCACCGGUGGCCUCCGUACCUCUCCCACCGCCGUUCUCGACGCUCAUGCCUAUCUUCUACCAACC